AUGGACCCUUCGUGUAUUCAUACCUUGCAACAUGCCCAUAACCAAGGCUAUGGAUCAUCAAGCACAUCUACAUACUUCGCACCCACGGAGCACAAUGAUGCUAUUGACAAUCCACCCAUGACAUCAAGUAGCAAUAGCAGCAAUCGUUUCACCAAGUUCAGAGAUGCAAUGAAAAACAUCCACUACAACAAUAUCAAGCCAACUGGCUUCAACAUUGAUCACUCACAGCGACAAGAUGCACUUGUUGAUCAAUUCAAGUCAAAAGUUACAGGCAAUGUGCACUCGCUUCGCAGCUUUGGAGUGCUCGCUCGAUCCUGA